AUGCCCUACAUGCAAAUGGAGCCAGAAGAGAAAUAUGUGAUACCAUCUUCUCAAAUGGCGUUGAAAUCCCACUAUGGCUCAAAUGAUGGUGAGAAGACUAGUUUAUGGAAAAGGAAGGGAAGGAGGAGAGCAAAAGGAUCUUCCAUGGAAGGAUUGAAGCAAAAGGAGCUCGAUCCAAACCUGGAGCUUCCCUCUUCUUCUUGCAAAAGCUUAACAUUUCCAAGAAGGCCAGACUUUGGCCAGCUGGGGACUAAAUGCUUGGUUAAAGCCAACCACUUCCUAGCCAUAAUACCUGAAUCAGACAUAAGCCAUUAUAAUGUUAAGAUAACCCCAGAAGUUACUUCUCGUAAAAUGAAGAAGAAUAUACUGACCGAGUUGGUCAAACAAUAUAGAACUACAGAGCUGGGGAUGCGACUGCCGGUUUAUGAUGGAGGAAGCAACCUGUACACAGCUGGAUUGCUGCCUUUCAUAUCAAAAGAGUUCACUGUCAUUUUGGGUAAUGAAGAAGAGGGGACAGCUACUCCCAGGGAACGAGAAUUUAAAGUGCAGAUUAAGUUUGUAACUUUGGCUAGCAUGCACCAGUUACGAGAAUUACUCGCUGGCAAACAAGUUAAUAACCCUCAAGAAGCUUUGACCAUUAUUGACAUCGUCUUGAGGGAGCUCCAUGCUCAAAGAUAUAUAUCAGUUGGGCGAUCCUUUUACUCUCCUUGUAUUAAGAAGCCUCAGCAUGUUGGCGGUGGUUUGCAAGCAUGGCGAGGCUUCUAUCAAAGCAUCCGGCCUACGCAAAUGGGAUUGUCUCUAAAUAUUGACAUGUCAUCCACUGCAUUCAUUGAAGCAAUCCCGGUCAUUGAUUUUGUCGCUCAACUUUUAAACAAAGACGUGUACUCAAGAACAUUGUCCGAUGCUGAUCGUAUCAAGGUCAAAAAAGUACUUAGAGGUGUAAAAGUUGAAGUUACACAUAGAGGAAACGUACGAAGGAAAUAUCGGAUUUCAGGGCUAACAUCACAGCCUACAAGAGAGCUAAUUUUCCCUCUUGACGAGCAGAUGAACAUGAAGUCUGUUGUCGAGUACUUCCAAGAGAUGUAUGGGUAUACCAUUCAGUAUACACAUUUGCCUUGCCUUCAAGUAGGAAACCAGAAGAAGGUGAAUUAUCUACCCAUGGAGGCCUGUAAGAUACUCAAAGGACAGAGAUACACAAAAGGACUUAACGAAAAGCAAAUCACUUCCUUGUUGAAGGUUUCAUGUCAAAGACCCUCUGAUCAGGAAAUGGACAUUUUACAGACAGUUCAUGAGAAUGCAUAUGAGGCAGAUCCAUACGCAAAAGAAUUUCGAAUCAGUAUCGACAACAAGCUUACAUCAGUUGAAGCACGAGUCCUUCCAUCUCCAUGGCUAAAAUUUCAUGAUACUGGAAAGGAAAAGGAACAUCAGCCUCAAGUUGGUCAGUGGAAUAUGAUGAAUAAGAAAGUAAUAGAUGGAAGUGUUAUCAGAUACUGGGCUUGUAUAAAUUUCUCACGUAACGUUCAAGAUAGCAUAGCUCGUGGUUUCUGUCAACAGCUGGUCCAAAUGUGCCAGAUCUCUGGCAUGGAAUUUAACCCAGAUCCUGCAAUUCCUAUAUACUCAGCAAGACCAGAUCAAGUGAAGAAGGCCUUAAAAUUUGUAUAUGGUGCGGUUUAUAACAAAAAUGAAGGGAAAGAGUUAGAUUUGCUGAUAGCUAUUCUUCCGGACAACAACGGCUCAUUAUAUGGUGAUCUUAAAAGGAUCUGUGAAACAGAAUUGGGAUUGAUAUCCCAGUGUUGUCUAACAAAACAUGUCUUCAAGAAGAGCAGACAGUACUUGGCGAACGUGUCUCUUAAGAUCAACGUCAAGAUGGGUGGAAGAAACACUGUUCUUUUAGAUGCUUUACGGGCAAGAAUUCCACUAGUCAGUGACAUACCAACCAUUAUUUUUGGAGCUGACGUCACACAUCCAGAAUCUGGAGAGGAUUCUCUUCCAUCAAUAGCAGCUGUUGUGGCUUCCCAAGAUUGGCCAGAAGUUACAAAAUAUGCUGGAUUGGUAUGUGCUCAGCCACACCGGGAGGAAAUGAUUCAAGAUUUAUUCAAAACAUGGAAAGAUCCUCAUCGGGGAAUAGUUGCCGGGGGUAUGAUAAGGGAGCUCUUGCUUUCAUUUAAGAAGGCCACUGGACAAAAACCAUUAAGGAUAAUAUUCUACAGGGAUGGGGUCAGUGAGGGUCAGUUCUACCAGGUUCUACUGCAUGAACUCGAUGCCAUACGCAAGGCCUGUGCUUCACUAGAACCCAGUUACCAACCUCCAGUAACUUUUAUCAUAGUCCAAAAGCGACACCACACCAGACUCUUUGCGUCCAAUCACAAUGAUAGGAGUAGCACUGACAAGAGUGGUAAUAUUUUACCAGGUACUGUCGUGGAUUCAAAGAUAUGUCAUCCAACUGAGUUCGACUUUUAUCUAUGCAGUCACGCAGGAAUCCAGGGAACAAGUCGUCCUGCACAUUAUCACGUUCUUUGGGAUGAGAACAAUUUCAGUGCAGAUGAAAUUCAAUCUCUGACUAAUAACCUCUGUUACACGUAUGCUCGGUGCACAAGAUCGGUCUCAGUAGUGCCUCCAGCAUACUACGCUCAUUUAGCAGCAUAUAGAGCUCGAUUCUACGUAGAACCCGACGCACAGGAGAAUGCCAAAAGAUGCUGCACUCGGACCACAAAUGGGUCCUGUGUCCGGCCUCUGCCUGCGCUGAAAGAGAGAGUGAAAAAUGUAAUGUUCUACUGCUGACACAAAUAAAACAAGGAAAGAGAGAAAUCGGAAAGCGAUUUGUUCCAAAAUUUUAUAUAUAAUCUCCAUAUAUCUAUAUUAAGAAAGGAAAGAGCAAUGAAAAUUUUGACCAAGUAUAUACCGAAAAUUUUAAA